CGCAAGGCAGAGGCAGAUGCUUCGUCCCACAACCUCGGGAAAAGUCUGCUGCUGUUUUCUUCUCAGUUAAGCCACUGCAGGACGGUGCUGAGGCUGUUCGAUGAUAUGUCCAUGCUGGCUUACUCCUACAGUUAUGGAUUUGGAGCCAAGGUCUCCUUUUCUAUUUCUAAUGGAGAAAGAUGGAAUCACACGCUGGAUAUCGGUGCUUACAAAUGUAGCCGACCAGCUCUACUACCCGUGCGAACACGUGGCCUGGGCCGCUGAUUCUCACCUCCUUGGAGUGAAGUCUGACAGAUGGUGGGUCGUCAGCACGGUGCUGUGGGCAACCUCGUUGCUGCUCGGGACACUUAGGUCACUCCGAGUCCUGAUGCUGCUCAAGAGGGAGCUUAGGAAAUGUCACAAAGACGGAAGCAGCCACUGUCAAAUCCAUAGGCAGAUGCAGGCGGAACUGCUUUCGAUCCUUGGAUGUAUGGCAGACCUCGGUAACGCAAUCCACUGGAUGCCUCCUGGCUUCCUUUGGGCAGGACGAUUCCCUCCUUGGCUCGUGGGACUGAUGGGCACUAUGUCCUCUCUUGUUGGUUUGAUCAAGAUGAAAGAAGGAGACUUUGAUCAAACAUGCAGUGCUGAGUAAUGGAUGCUUUUGGUCAGCACGGAACCAUUCUUCCAUCCAUCAUAGUCUCUACAACAUUUCCUGGGCUGUCUCUGAGUGGGGCCCGUGGCACCUCACCGGGGAGGCGUCCCGGGGGCAUCCUUGCUCUGUUCUCGAGCAGUGUUGCCACACUUAUCAUGAAAAAGUAACUUAGUUACUUGAAUAAUUACUUAAGUUUAAAAGUAACUCAGCUACUGUACUUCCCUGGCUACUUGGUUUUAAAAGUAACUAAGUUUACACACACACAAAAAUACACACACACACACACACAUAUAUGGCAGUCUUUUCUUGACCUGACAUACGCUGGUGUUAAUACUGUAAUGGUAAAACAUAUUGUAUAUGUUUAUAAAUAUAACACAACUAAGCGACCUUCUGCAUUAGUUGCAGCCCUGCUUUGCACAACCUGUUGGGACUUUGUCAGCUUGCAAGUGUUUAGUGCUGAGAGGGAGGGGGUGAACAUUUUAUAUUUUUGCCUGUUAUCCUUGAAUGAGUUGCCGACAUUGUGUUUUGGGCUGUCAAAUCUAUUAAAAAGAUCAUUAAAUUUCAGAGAGAAUGUUCUAUAAUGGUU